AUGUCUGCUUUCCACGGAUUCCCUGAAUUACCAGGACCAGAGGACAUGGCCUUUUGCAAGUUAAACGAGGUUUACUGCUGUGCGAAUGCACAAUAUGGAAACAUUGGCACUUUUACUCAGACUACGAAAACACACCCUCUAAUCAACGUAACUAGGGAUGCACACUACCACCGCCCGUCAGACGAAAACAUUAACGUGUAUUUGGACGUGGAAGAUAAUUUACUCAAGAAAAUGACAAGUGUGUUUGUGCAACAAGGUUUUGUUGAAGCCCUAGGCGUCGCUGCGGAUCCUCAAAUCAACCGUGAUAGUCCUGCACUGGCAUUAACAGCGUCUUACUUGUUAAAAAUAGCGAAUGCCUUCACGACGCUUCGGUACUUCUUGCAGCCGCAUUUAAAAGACAUAGGUCCUAAAAUCGUCGCUAAUUACUCUAGGACUAGGAACUGGUGUAAUGCGCCUAUGAAAUGUAUGGCAUGGCACCCGCACACGACUAAAAUUGCAGUAGCUACUGCUGAUGAUAAUGUACGAGUGUAUUGCAAUGAAGCAGCUUUCGUAUCUACAUUAAAAUGCAAGGCACAAGGACAUGUGUCUUCGCUUAGCUGGAGACCCUUCUCAGCUUCUGAGAUAGCUGUCGGCUGUGAGCAGGGAGUGAUUGUGUGGUCAGUGGAUCCCAAUUCCAUGUUUACAAAGCCUUCGUCAAGCAACGCUGUUGUUUUAAAAAGAUCUGGUCACAGCCCAGUCACUGAUGUGAGCUGGUCUCCAAAUGGAGACCUACUGAUCAGCUGCAGUGGAGCAGACACCUCUAUGCUCAUCUGGGAUGUAGCUAUGGAAGCUGCAGUGCCAUUGAAAAGAGUUGCUGGUGGUGGUGUUGUAUUUGCUAGGUGGUCUUUAGAUGCUGGCAAGGUCUUUGCUGCUACAUCUUCUAUUAUAUUCAGAGUAUGGGACACUACGCAAUGGACACCAGAACGUUGGGUUGCGCGCGGGUGCCGCGUCGUUGCAGCUUGCUGGGGCCCAAAGGACAUUCUACUGUUUGCUGCUAAGGGAGAACCUAUGGUGUAUUCACUCAUUAAUACUGGACUUUUAAGCGGUGCCCAAACAAGCAAGGCUCAGCCAGCUCUGGAUGUGACAAAAGUGGAACUACCAUCGGGUGAUAUAGUAGGUGGGCCUAUACUCGACAUGUGUUGGGACCCUACUGGACGGUACCUGGCUCUUUUAUUCGAAGAAUCCUAUAUGAUCGCAGUGUUCUGCACUACUCAGCUUAUGAUGCAGCUAAAGAUUAGUCCUUGCUGCUUCAUACCAGGCAUAGACAACGAGAUGCCUCUAACAAUGGCGUUCCAACAGAACUUCGCAGACGGUGCUUGCCUCACCAUAGCCUGGUCCAGCGGUCGCGUCCAGCACUUCCCCAUCAUUUACACAGACUACUGACACAUAGAGACACCUGAUUGCUUUUACAUGCCCCUCCAGAGGUACUGAGGCAAUGUUUAACGGAAACUGUUAGUGAUCGUGACUUGAAAAAAGGAAAAUGAUGGAGAAGAGAAAAUAAUUAUGUCGUUAUUUCUUUCCGACUGAAUACCGGCCUGAUUAAAAUAGGACGCCUCAUGUACAGUAUCUAAUAAAAAUCGAGAUUUCUUAACACUUCCGCCGCCCUUUAACUAAAACGAGGCUAUGUGACAAAUGGUCAAAUCGACUCAUCCGAAGAACAAAGUCCGAUGUGAUUAUUAGCAAAAAGAGAAUAAGUACGUUAUGAGAAUAAUUUCGUUAUUCAAACUAAGACCUAUCUAAAGG